AUGACAACCACGUCAGCAUCCAAACUUGGUGUUAUACCUCCAACGAAGCUUCAAUUAGCCCUAGCAUUGGCCGUUGUCAAGCGAAAGCCACCAGGCCAAAGCGUGAAAGAACACAUUUUGCAGAUUCGAAAGUUCAUUAAAGAAACCAAAGAUUUGGGCCAAGUUGUUGCGACGGACAAGUUCAUCGAUAGCGUCUCCUUCUGGCAACAAGCGUACGAACAUUCCGAGGCAGGACAGAGCAAGCUACAAGACCAAAUCCACGAGCUUAACCAACGCAUUGAGGGCCUUCUAGCCAAACUUCGUUUCAAAGUAGCUGGAAAUGGCAAUGAGACCUUGCCAGCAAACAAACGCAAGGCGCUUGCUGUUGGCAAGGAUGCGAAUAGUUCGAACAUGGCUAGGAAACGCACAAAGUUACCGAAAGAUGUGCAGAAAAGUCUGUCAUUGAUGGAUGAUGAUGAUGAUUCAGGAGAAGAAGAUGGCUUGUGUCUCAACAGGCAGCUUUAUGCCGUUCAAAAGGCCCUACAUAGAAGGAUAGACAGCAGUUCCGAGGCCAACUCCCUGACUGUGGAUGUAGUUAUUCUCUGCAAAUCUGCAGAGCAGAAACUGAUUCAAACUAUCCAGAACGAGAGUAGUAUCACAGAACAGGAACCAUCCCAAACCGAGAAGGCCCGUGUUCCAGAUGCAGAUGCAGUUAUAAAUGGCGUGACAAUUGCUUUUCAUCUCACACUUAAAGCCUUACACAAGGUGGCUGGGGUCGAGAAUAACACGAAGCACCAAGGACAGGUCGUCUACUACCUAGUAGCCCUGUUCGAAUCCACGAUGACGGCACUUACUUUGCAUUGCACUGAAAUAUCCAAGCAAAAGGCAGUCACUAAAAAUACCAAAUCAAGCGGAGCCCCCCAACCCCCCGUGCAACCCGACGAACAAAACAAACGCACAAAAGAGAAGAGCUCACCUGCCAAGAAUGAAAUAGCCUCUCGACUCGCAGACUUGCUCUGUACGAUGGCGUUAUCCCUCAAUCUAACUCGCGCUGAAGACCAAGAAGUAAUGGAAGGGUUUCUUUUCCUUGUCCUUGAUCGCGUGGGAAAAAUGCUAGCUCUCCAUAUUUUCCAUGACUUGCGACUGCCAAUGGGUAUUUGCCCCGGGAUGACAUUUCCAGAUGGACUGGAAGCAUUGACUGACGAGGGUCUGAUGCCAAACGAGGCACAACUCGAAGCCAAGUAUCUCGUUCGGCUUCUGGAUAGAAUGCUUAAUUCAGAAUCCCGUCAACCCCCCUUUGAGGCGUCAGCUGCUAGUCAAUUUGCCACAAAUGCCAAAGAUCGUCUGCAAAAGACUCUCCUCCGCGCUGUAUUCGGACCUGAUGAUCAUCUGUUUCGGGACGGUCUGCGGCGUCCGCAUACUCCACCUCCUCAGGUAGCUGAUGACCAACAUAUGGAACAGGAGAAGUUUUCGGAUUGGCUCACACAGGAGCUGUGGCGGCUUGUUGGCUGGGAUGUGUUGAGGACAGUGUUUGCUCCAACCUAA